AUGGACGAUUGGGAUGAAGCAAACACUGCUGAUAAAGCAGUUCCGGUUAGCUGGGAUGAUGACGCAAAUGACGUUCCCGACGCUUGGGAUGUAGCGGCAGCAGAGCCGAAAGAGGAAGUCGAACCUCAAAAACCGGAGCCCCCCCAGAAAACAGCAAAGAAGCAGCCCAAGAAAAGCAAAACGAAGCAGACGGUUCCGCAGGAUGAACCAAAGAGCGAAGAAGAAACAGCUCCAAGAGAACUGACAGAAAAGGAGCGCGAACGCCUGGCUGAAGAGGCUGAAAUCGAUCUGAUCGCGGAUUCUUUCGGUACCGGACUGCAGGGUCCUGCAUCACAACAGGAUGACUGGAAGUUGGGCGAUCCAAAGACGGAAAAGGAUUUUGUUAAUUUGGCGAGCAAAUUAUCAGAGAAAAUUCGAAACUUCGAAGUACUAUCACACUUUCCAUAA